AUGAUCAAAAACUACAUUGCCACCAAUGCCCCUCAUGAGAUCAAUAUACCGUGCGAUAUGCGACGCCAAUUGCUAGACUGUCAUACCCCACAUUGCUUUGACGAAGCUGCUGAAUCCAUACUGGAGCUCAUUCGGGUCAAUUCAUACCUGCCUUGGUAUCAAAAUCAAUGCACCAGCAACGACAAUGCACCAUGCUAUUAUCCUUCCGCUAGAAGCUCGCUGUCGCCGUCCAUGUCAUUUCCAGACAGGUGCAAUCUCACCUAUCAUCAGCAAACCUCGUCGUUUAGUAUCAGUAGGCCUAGCUUUAGCUCUGUACGAUCGACCUCUGCAGCGUCCAUGUUUAACUUUAUGGAUAAAUCAAGAAACAAGGAGGGCUCACCGAGUAGCAAUCAUAGCAAACUAUCAAGCUUGCUGCAGAGAAAGCGACAAGCACUGAUGAUUCGGAUGAAAAAGACGUUCAUUGAACAUGAUUUCAAUAAUAAAACGAAUAAUGGCUUUUCUUGGCUUGCUAAGAAAUGA